AUCUGGGACAAAUUAGCAUCCAAAUCCAAAGUAAACACAUCCUUAACCCUUAUUACAAAAUGCAAAACCAGACCUAAGGCAAGAUUUGCUGCGGCUGCAAGUGAGUAUGAACCCGGCGAAGAUGAGUAGCGGUGCUCCUUUCCUUCCGUUAGAAAUCAUCUCCGACGUUCUCAAGAGACUUCCGGUGAAAUCCCUAAUCCGAUUCCAAAGUGUGUGCAAUCUCUGGAAGAAUCUGUUAAAGAGCCCAUCUUUCAUCGCCAGCCACCUCGACCACUCCAACCGAGAAAAUCUCACUAUUAUUUUCAGAAGGAUCCCCUACUCCUUUACCCUUCUAUAUUGUCUCGACGGCAACAUGCAACCCAUCCAAGUUCGGAACAAUCCUUUUAUCGAUAGGUUCAAAUCCCUCGAGGUCGUCGGCUGCUGCAACGGCCUGCUCUGUAUUCAAACCAGGCAGCUUGGUAAAUUACCGUCUCUUUACUUGUGGAAUCCUGCGAUUAGGGAGGUUAGAGAGGUGCCUAGAAGCAGACCAAGCACGAAUUUAUGCUAUAUGACUAGUUUAGGCUUUGCAUUCUGUCCAACUGUUAAGGAUUACAAAAUUGUCAUACCCUAUGUGACCCCAAGUGAUGUGGAAUAUGGAUUUGAAGUAUAUUCACUAGCCACAACUUCAUGGAAGAACAUAAAAAUACCUAGGUUAAAGGAAGGACACAUUCUCACGGAAUGUAUUACUUCCAAUGGGUCUAUGUUCUGGUUUGCAACAAAGAGAAUUGUAGCUGGGCAAUAUCAUGGGGAAGAUAAUACUAAUCUCAUAGCUUCAUUGUACUUAGCAAUGGACGAGUUUAGAUUGAUACCACCUCCUCCUUUACUGGAGAACAGAAUUGCUAAGCUGACUGUGUAUGAGAACAAGCUUGCCGUAUUUCAUUACUCUCAACCUUUCAUGAACACAGGAAAUACUUCGAUCGAUUUGUGGGUGAUUGAGGAAGGCAUUAAUGGUUCUUGGAGUAAGAUAUUGACUUGUAACCCUUAUCCACACUUUGUAAAACCAUUGACCAUUUGGAGGAACCAGAUUGUGUUCAGUGUUAUUCAUAAAUAUUUUUCAGUAGUUGGGAAGGAUGAGAAUGAUGUUGCUGGUAGUUUUUUGUUUGAUCCCACUUCCAAUGAAGUCAAGGUCCUUUAUUGGGGCGGAGAUGGCACUCUUCAAGCUGUUUUUACAUAUGUUGAAAGUCUUGUACUCAUUAGCAACAUCCACACCGGAUAGCAUUUAUUUUAAAGCGUAAUCAUUGUUGAAUUAUUGCAAUGCAUUGCAGAUUUACUGAUUGUAUUGUCUCUUCGUAGACAAUGAUAACUUAAUUGUUUUGUAAGAGAAAUAGAUUAGAUAUGAAUGCUAAGAUGUUAAGAGAUUAAAAGACGUUUGCAGAACAUCAUCAUUCAUAUAUAUAUAUAUACGCAUUAGUAGUUUUCCAAUAAGUUUGUCUAGUAGCUGAAACUUGCACAUUGGCCAACUAUUUUCUCAGUUGCUCCACGGGUGGAAAGAAAACUAACAGAAUAAGAACACAAAUUAACAUUAACAACCAUCUACAAGAGUAGACUACAACAACUACCAACAGAUUUGAACUGACAUACAAGAACCAUCAAAUUGAGAGGUCAGGGACUCAGGGUGGUUAGCGUUCUUUCUAAGUUUUCACUUCAGUCCACAAUAGCAAGUAUAUGACCAAGUUAGAGUAAUAUAAAAUAAGAAGUAGAUCCUUGAUGAAAAAAAUCAAAUGAUUAAUAUGCUGCUGUAUAUUUCCUCUUUCACGCUAUAUAUUGUUACCAUACCCG